CUCUCAAAAAACCAAACCCCAAAACCCCGGACUUUUAUAAGGAGCAAGAGCAGCUUCUGUUCGGGGAGGUGACAGGGGUGGGAGCUCCGGGGCAAUCAGGAUGGGGGCGACUCCCAAUCCGGAUUAGGUCUGGGAGGGAAAGCUGCAGGAAGGGGGGAUGAGAAAGCACCCGACGUCUCCUUCACAGGCCGGCCGAGGGUUUCCGUCUACGUAGCUGCUCUGCUGGGCAAACAGCCUUCCCCAGAGCAUCAAAAUGGAAGCUUAGCUCUCCACCGGCUGCAGGUGGUGCGCGACCACCCACAGCCUCGGCGGCUCUGCCGGAGCGGUCUGGAGGAAAGCGCCGGGAAGCCCGCAGGGACUGCAGGACUGCAAGAAACAAUGCAUGAAGGCUUCAGAGAGGAGGGCAGCUAAAGAUCAGGAAAGCCAAGUGCUUCGAAUGUACCGUUCACCAUGACCAGUCCCCAGCCCGCCAUAGAAGGGGGAGUUCCUGAAGUUGAGAUCAUCUCCCAACAAGUGGAAGAAGAAACGAAAAGUUUGGCCCCGGUCCAGCUAGUGAACUUGGCUUACCGAGACCUGCCGCUGGCUGCCCUGGACCUCUCCGCCGCCGGCUCACAGCUGUUGUCCAACCUAGAUGAGGAGUUCCAAAGGGAAGGGUCCAACUGGCUGAAGCCGUGCUGCGGAAGGCGGGCCUCGGUGUGGCAGGUGUUCCUCCUGAGCGCGAGUCUCAACAGCUUCCUGAUAGCCUGUGUCAUCCUGGUGGUGAUCCUGCUGACGCUGGAACUGCUGAUAGACAUAAAGGCUCUCCAGUUUUCAAAUUCCUCCCAGUUUGCUGGAGUCAGUCACUGGAUCAGCCUGGUCAUCCUGUCUGUAUUCUUCUCGGAGACAAUUCUACGCAUUGUGGUCCUUGGGAUCUGGGAUUAUAUUGAAAACAAAAUAGAGGUGUUUGAUGGGGCUGUGAUCAUCUUAUCCUUGGCCCCUAUGGUAGCCUCCACCGUUGCCAAUGGUCCCAGCAGCCCUUGGGAUGCCAUCAGCCUGAUCAUCACCCUCCGAAUAUGGAGAGUAAAGAGAAUCAUUGAUGCUUAUGUCCUGCCGGUGAAGGUGGAACUGGAGAUGGUCAUUCAGCAGUACGAGAAAGCCAAGGUCAUCCAGGAUGAGCAGCUGGAGAGGCUAACACAGAUUUGCCAGGAGCAAGGGUUUGAGAUCCGGCAGCUGAGGGCCCACUUGGCUCAACAAGACCUAGACCUGGCAGCAGAACGAGAGGCAGCCUUGCAAGCCCCUCACGUCCUCAACCCCCAGGGCAGCGCCAGAUACAAGGUGGUGGACACGGGAGAUUCGGACGAUGACGAGACCACAGAGAACAUCACGGAGCUGAGGCCUCCUCACGACAGCGGCGUCCCGGAGCCCGCCAUCUGCGUCAUCACCACGGCCGCCAUCGACAUCCACCAUCCCGACACCUCCUCUGACCGAUUCACAGCGGAUGUGCCCCUGAAACUGGGGAGCAACGGCACCUGCCCCAGCAUCACGUCGGGGAGCGUGUCCUGCUCCCUGGGCAGCUCCGUCACCUGGGCCCAGAGCGAUAGCAGCCAGACUCUGGGCUCCUCCACAGACUUCAGCACAACUCGGGACGAGUCGUCGGAGCUCUGCCCCUUGGAACAGGGCGGGCCCUUCCCCCCGGGGACCGCCCCCCAGCCCCAGGUCAACAGUACUGUGGUCCAGGAACUCCUGUCCUCCUUGUCGGAGGACUCCUGCUUAGCCCAGAAGGGCCUGGACCUGGUCAACCUCAGACGGCCGAGCCCAGCCAGUUCUGCCCUGACCAGCCCGGAGGUGGAGCACAGGGUGAAGGUCUACAAUGAGAAGAACCAAGAGGGCUUCACCGUGUUCCAGAUCAAGCCGGUCAUCCACGUUCAGCCCAACCCCGCCACGUUCGAGGAUAAGUACAAGGCUUUGGACUCCAAAGAGCAGAAGUCGAACCAGAUCCCGGAGUCCUGACGCGUUCUGAAGUGGGGUUCAGGGAGGCCGGUGUGGGUAGCGGGGAGGGAUUGGAGAAAGCGGGGAGGGGGGAGGACGGGAGACAACCGUGUGCGGGGACCAUUACCAGCAGGGCCUUGCUCCUUGGGGGGCCGGAGAAGACGCCCACUUCCUCCGGAUGCAUGAGUCCUGAGAGCUAGCACAAAUCCAUUCUGUCCCGACUUCCGAAGGUCCAGCCGCCCACCCCAAGGGGCCACUGCACUCUCCGGUGACUUCACAAGCCGAUCAGGUUCUUCAGACUUCAUUCUGGGCCCCGGAGGCGGGGAGGGUGGACUCUGGGGGGACGGGAAGGGGGACAAGGAUGGGAUAGCAGUUGUUUUUUUUAAAGUCAUUUUUACAAAGAUUGUUGACCUUUAUGUCCGGGUCUGGCUUUGGCAGGGGAGAGGACAGCUGAGUGUCAAAUUCUUUCUCUGAUUUCUUACAUUUUCUUUGUACACAACAGCUCUAAACCCCUUUGUACCAAGAUUGUGGCUGGUUUUUAUUUAUUUAUUUCAGUGUAUUUUUGUCCCCAAAAGCCCUUUUCAGAGAAUCUUUCUGGAAGGUCAAGA